CUCUUUUCGGAGCUCUCGGAAAAGCCGCGUGUGUGUGGAUCGGUGCGGAAAAUCGUGCUGCUUAGAGGGACCAACCUUUUUCAUCUGAUUUUGGCUUAGCUGGUGGUUACUUAAUUGCGCGUUUCCCCCACACGAACCUUUCCCUCUAGUGUUUCCCCUUCCACACACACACAGACACACACACCCAAAAACAAACGGAAAAAAACUCCCACCCUGGCUGCCCACGUAUGAUGGAAAAUCGUAAUGGCCGUGAUCGGAACAACAACGACGUAGCAGUCCUCCCGAACGGUGUAAUUCUGCGUAAACUGAAAAGCAAACAUCCGUCCGAGUGCCUUCUGUGCUGGAAGGAAGCCCGCAUCCCCAAGUGUCUUUGUCCCAGCUGUUCGAAACAGUACUGCUUUCAGUGUAUCAAAAAGUGGCUAACCGAUAGUAAAACCAAAACCAGUGAAUGUCCCAACUGUAAGUGUAAGCUUCCGAUUGACGAGCUGGUCCGCUGCGCGGCGGAUCUGGUCGAUACUAAGAACGACGACCUCGACGGUAAUGUUACAGAAGGUGCAAAGCAGCAGCAACAGCAGAGGCGAAGAAACGGCAUCGAGUCGGGUUCGAUCAAGCUGGUCGUGAAAGUGAUCGAGAAUGAUAGUGUCAAAGAGCGGCUGACGAACGGGAAUGCUGCUGCAGCUGCUGAACCGAUGGUUAAUGGUUCCGCGCCGGCUAAGAUGCUCGCCGUCAAUGGGCGUCAGGGGAAGAAAUCGAAGGAAGCCAACAGGAAGCAACGGCAAGAGCAACAACAACAACAAUCGAAUCACAGCGAAACGAAUGGAAAGGUGAGUGAGACAGAGAAGAAGGAACCCAGCAGACUGUGCAAUGGGUUACUGCACAAGGAGGAAGAGAAUGGUCAAGACGUUCCGGUGAACGGAAUUGACGGAAGUGAUUCCACAAAUAAGAAUGCUAACGGAACGCAACGCAGAAAUGGCUUCAAGAAGCCACCACAACCGAACUCCGCUGAAUCGGCUGUACCCGAACCGGUAGUACAGAACGAUGUCACGCCUAAGGAAACUGCCGUAGAGAAUGGGUACUCGUGUCAGCAGGAGCAGAAUGGCGAACAGAACAGCGAUCGACUCUCGUGUUCGCUACAUUCACUGCCACUGAUAUUUUUCUGUUUGUCCUGUAACAUUUGCAUCUGCGAAACCUGUGCCCUUCAUGACGAUUCCCAUGCGGAACACAUCUUCAAGAAAGUGACGACCAUCUACGAAACGAAACUCGAAGCCGUCAAACUAGAAUUCACCCACGUAACGACUUACUUGGAUGAGAUUGGAAAGGUAAUCGAAGGUGUUGAACGUAACAUCGAUUUGAUAAAGGCAUCGAAAGCGUUUAAGCUCCAGGAGCUUAGCCGAUUGCUACACUCGGAAGCGGAAUGCAUUGAACGCCAGAUCAAUCGAAAACUGUCAACACUGCAAGAUCAGAAGGAUGCCGUAGCGAAUGAGGUCAAUCGGGUACAGUCGGCCUAUAAAAAGUUGGAAAAGGAGCUGAUCGCUUGCCCGAAACAGGAUCUGCUCGUAAAGGAUAGUGAUUUCGUCAGAAGAUGUAGCCAGCUGAUUGAGAAACCUAUCGAAAGCUUCGUGCACCAACCGGUGGCAGCUGAUUUGGAAUGUGAUUUCAUUCCGGAGUUCCGCUCGGAAAUCUUCAUUGUGAAGGAUUAUCAGGCGAUCGAACCGAUCGAAGAAUGCCGUACCUCAGAUGUGCUGAACGACGUAGUAGGCUUCGGCUGGCGAUUACAUGCGUGGAAAAGUGAUCACCUGUCGGUUACUUUGAUGAUGACGGAAGGCGUCAGUGGAAGAUACGAGUAUUGCAUCGAGUUGCUGCAUGACACGGAUCCGUCCAAAUCGAUCAAGCUGACCCACAUCGAUCAAUUCGAGCUGCACCGAUCGGGACCCGUGCACGAUUUGAUCGAAAACGAACGGCUAUUGGAGCAGGGAUUUAUCAGUGAAUCUAACGAUACGUUGCAGAUCAAAUUCUCCGUGAGACCCCCGACAAUCGUAACGAAAAGCCGCUACCAGCAAGAAUACAUCGACCAAUCCCGGAAGGACAAUAUCAACGAGUACGACAGCAACGUCAUCACCAUCUGCAACGUGCGCGAUCCGACGACGUCGAUCGUGCUCUCCAAGCAGUACACCGACACGGUAGGCUCCCGAUGGCGGCUGAAUGUCUAUCCGAAGGGCAACAACACCAACUGCCGCUAUCUCAGCACGUACGUGGAGCUGUGCGAUGGUAUCGCUGGAAGAUAUCAGUACAUCGUGGAGCUGUUGCACAAGGAUGCCCACCGGCAGGUCAAGUUCCAGUCGGAGGAUCACUAUCGGGUGGGGGAAAUCCGAGGCUACCAGAAGUUUAUCCGGGUGAAGCGAAUCCUAGAGGAGGGCUACCUGAACGAUGACGGAUCGAUCUACAUCCGGCUGUCGAUCAGACCGGCCACGUUGGCCCUGCGGUGUCAGUAUCAGGAAGAGUACCAAUCGCUCAAAGAGGAGAAGAUCUUGUUCCAGUUCAACAGUCAACUGAGUCAACAUUUGACCAAGAUUAGGACCUUGCGAGAGGAGAACGUGGCGCUGCAGAGUAUAUCCUAUCCGGAGUAUAAUUCGAAUAUCUUUGUGAUGAAGAAUUUCAACAGUUUACGACAGAAGAACGAAGACAUCUGCUCGGACAAUAGCUAUGACGAUUUGGGGUGUUGUUGGAGGUUGAUCGUGUACGCCAAUGGCGACAAGGACGGUCGGGAUGAAUGGUUGAGUGUGUAUCUACGGUUACUGGAAGGAAUUCCAGGAAGCUAUGAAUACUGCGUUGAACUGCUGCACAACGACCCAGCCAAGACUGUCAAGAUGGAGGGAACGCAGAAGUUUGAAAUUCAGGAACGAUUCGGAUGGUCGAACUUUGCCCGUCUGGAUAUGGUCUGUGCCAACGGGUUCGUCAACGAGGAACACGACUCCCUGUACUUUCGAUUCUCGCUGAGGCCUCCCAACUACAAAGCAAAAUGCGAAUACCAGCAGUUGCUUCGGGUGGAUGCAAAGCGGGAGAAUGAAACGCUCAAACGGGAGCUGAUUCCGGCCUACAGCACGAUCACCUACACGUUGAAAAACUUUUCCGAACUGCAGCAGAAGGAUGAUUUCGUCUACUCCGACCCGCUGAUCGAUGACUUGGGUUUCACGUGGCGGCUGCUGAUCUACACCAACGGACACAACGAGGGACGGGGAUGCAAUCUGAGCGUGUUUCUGAUACUCUUUGAGGGCGUCUCCGGAAGCCGCUUCGAGUACCGCGUGGAGCUGCUCCACCGUAAUCCGCUGGCCAACAUCAAGAUGGAAGGCGUCAACGUGUUCAAGCUGAAGAAGAUCUGGGGCUGGCCGCAGUACAUCCACCACGACCGGCUACGGCAGGAGGGCUACCUCAACGAGGACGACACGCUGGAAUUCCGGCUAUCGAUCUGUCCGCCCGACAUUAAGCUUAAGUGCGAAUACCAGCAGGAGUUCAUUAGGAAGCUUAAGGAAACCCAAAAGUAGGUUAAUAAGUUGCAAGAGUGAGAAAACGUGAACAUGGUGAGUAUGUGUGACGGCGACGCGGUGACAGGGAUCAGCAGCAGCAGCAGCAGCAGACCAAGCAAGGGGUGGGUGCAUAUGGGGGAAGAAAAAGGUGGAAAUUAAGCGUGCAAGGAGGCUGAGAACGAAAGGUAUGACGCUAGGAAACACACACACAAACACACGCAACUGUGAGGAUGGUGUACGGAGAGGAGGAAGCUUCACAAUGGCCACGAAUGAAAAAGAAAAGUUAUUAAAUAUGUGCGGCCAAUCUACUCUCUUAUACGGAGGCAGAGGGAUGCGUGGAGGCAGUUCAAAGGCAGUAAGGAAGUUUAUAUUUAGCACAGAAAUGAAAGAAAUUAAUAAACGGUUUUGAAAUGGACUGAGCGAUGUGUCAACGCGCAGUAGGCGAAAAGGUGCGAGGCCCACCCGCCUCCUGCUUUGGAGGUCCCUGUUCUUUGUUGACGUAUGUACAAGUGUGUUUUUACCUACCUUAAUGUCAUCCGUUCUUUUUCCCUUGCCUGCUGCGGUGGGCUGUAUGGAAGAAAUGAAGAAUAUUUUCUAUUUAUUUACACACACCUCAUUUUGUGUUUUAAUCUAUCCGUUAAAUUAUUAAACUCUUACGCAAGUGGUAUAUCCACCUCUGCUCUAGGUAGGUCAGGAUGAGAGAUUUAUAGCCGCAUGUUUGCUUCUUCUGCUUAAAUAUUCUUCUUUUCACUGGAUGUGAGUAACAAAGUUGUGCAAAUUUCACAGAUGACAGCGAAAACACCGAUUAGAUAGCGAAAACAGAAUUGUAUAGAGGAAAAACCCACCAACGGCAACAAGAAAUUGGUGAAAUUAGCGGAAGAAGACCGCCGGUUCAGCGAGUGUGUGCACGCGGAAUUCGAGAGUGAGAAAUCAUUUUUAUUUUAACAGAUUAUAUGAAAAUACAUGUGAGCCACCAGAGAGAUUGAUAUUUGCGAAACACUUGUUAAUAGAUAAGUCGUGGAUUCAUUCUAUGAGAGAUUAUGAUUUCUUUUUUUAAUUGAAUUUUCAAUUUUAACUCAAUUGACGAAGCAGAUAGAAGCGAUUCGUUGGUUUCAGGAAAGGUCACGACACAGGUUAAAGAAUUAAUUCGUAAACAAGAACAAACAUUGACGAAACAGGAUGAUCAAAUUCUUAUGCUUCGGUGUAACGUUUUUGUUUGAGGAUAGAUAAUUUUUAUAAUUUAUUUUACUACUACUUAUGAUAAGGCUUAAACGAAAUUGCUGGCACUGUGGUUGAAGAAAGAGUUCGUAUACUGUCGUUUCUAGAACAAGGCGGUGAAAGAAGAAAAAAAAGUCAACGCAAAUGAUAAGCAUAUUAGCCUCAGAAUUUUGAACUUUUAUCGAAAUCGACCGCCAGUGGAGAAACUUUUGAAGAACGAAAGAAAUUCCUAUAUGAAAUAAAGAGUGAUUUUGAAAUAAA